AUGUCUCGCACUGCAGCCGCGGUUGAAGACGAGACGGAAGCCAUGCAGCAAGACGAGGUGGAUGCACAAAAUAACGAAUAUGAGCAGCAAGAUGAGGAGAUCGAUUAUGAAGAGGGUGAACCUGAGUCGGAAGGCGAGUAUAUGUCAGACUCGGAAGAAUUCGACGAACUCGUGGAUGAAAUUGACGAGUCCGAUUCGCCACCAGAGACAAAUCGACGGGCUCGUCGGCAACCACUCCGAGUCAGGUUGACUCGCAAGAGUACCCCACAGUCGACUCCAUCUCGACGAGCAUCAACAAGUGCUCCACGUCGCUCGUCUCGCACGAAAUCCACUCGAAGCUCCCAUAAAAAUGCCAGUCGCAAACAGCGUGAUGUCUAUACUGAGGAGCGCGACGAGGACGACGAGCUUGUUGGAGACGAAGAUGAAGAAGAGGUCAAUGAAGAUAAUAUGAAUGACGAGGAAGAGGAGGGAGACCUUCUUGAUGAGAAUGAGGAUGACGACGAGGAUGAAGAUGAAGAGACAACUAGUGAUAUGCCCAUGACGGCACGGCAAAUCGCCAGAGCGAACCGGGCUCGCGGAAUUGCUAAUGAAGAGCUCAUUGAGCUGCCUAUGGAGGAUUCGUCGCGCAAGAAGAAGCUUUCAGAGACGGAGCUGGCACUCCGUCGCUCUGAAACGGCGCGUCGACGACGAAAUCAAAGUGAAAAGAAGCUCGAAGACGAUAAGAUCGAGACAAUUAACCGUCUGCUUAAGAAACAAGCAGGCAAGGUGCGUGGUCGCGACAAAUCUGAAGGAGAUACUCAAGAAGAGUCGGCUGCGAAAAAGCCUCGUGAUAUGGCUGCGAAUCAUCCCCAACCGUUCUUUCGAUACAUACAACGAGCCGACCGCUCGAUACUCGCUGUCCCACUGGGUCCGCCAUUCCGUGACCCUGAUGAGACAGAGGGGCUGUACGACUACACUUUGCGAACGGCAUUUCGUAUGUCGCGCGAGGCGUGGUCGCAUUCGUAG